ACAUUGCCUUAUCAAGACCGUCCGAUCAGAGGGAUACUUUGGCAUGUACAGAGAGAAGGCCAUCAAACUAGCUGCCAAUGACUUCUUUAGACAGCACCUGUCCAAGGAUGGUCAGAAGCUCACCCUGCUGAGGGAGAUGCUGGUGGGUUGUGGUGCUGGUACAUGUCAGGUCAUCAUCACCACUCCCAUGGAGAUGCUAAAGAUCCAGUUACAGGAUGCAGGGCAGAUAGAGGCUCAGAGGAAGCUGAUGUUCCAGGCUGCAGGUGGGGCCCCUGGGGGUCCAGUGGAGUUGAGGUCCCAUACAGCAAUGCAGCUCACCCGGGAGAUGGUAAGGACAUCUCCAUACAGCAAUGCAGCUUACCUGUGGAUGGUAAGGACAGUCGUGUGUGUGUUUAUACAGGUAUGAGUGUGUAUACAGUUGUAAGGUUUUUCCGUGC